GAAAUCUAGGGUUUUACACUUUCAUUACAGCCGCGUCAUCUUCAUCCCCAACCCACAGGCAGCAGCAGUCUCUGCAUUGCUCAAUCAAGAUGACCAAGAGAACCAAGAAGGCUGGUAUCGUAGGAAAGUAUGGUACUCGUUAUGGUGCGAGUUUGAGAAAACAAAUUAAGAAAAUGGAGGUUAGUCAGCACAGCAAGUACUUCUGUGAGUUCUGUGGAAAGUAUGCCGUGAAGAGGAAGGCUGUUGGUAUUUGGGGAUGCAAAGAUUGUGGGAAAGUGAAAGCUGGUGGUGCAUACACACUGAACACUGCUAGUGCUGUGACUGUUAGGAGCACCAUCCGAAGGCUCCGAGAGCAGACUGAGAGCUAGAAUCAUUUCAUUUAGAUGGAAGUCAAGCGUGAGGCUUUUGUAUUACGUUUUCUUUGGAUCUGUGACUUUGCAAUUAGAAGCAAUUUUUAUGUUAGCUGAAAGUCUUUGAUAUGUUUGAAUCAACUUAAUAUUAUGGAGUAUUUAUGAUCUCUCACUUGAUUCUAGACUUCUUCAUUA